AUGUUCGGUCACGCGGAAGCAGGAAAUGACCAGGACAGGAACGCUGCCAUCAGCAGUAUUCGACAGCCAGACAUCGUGGAGGGCAAAACCUUUGCUGUACCUCUAUUACCACCAGUUGUUGGCAGGAUCAUCGGAGAGUUGUAUGAGGAAAAUAUAUUAGCGAAAAUUGUGCGGACAGCAACGCAAGCGGCAGCAUACCUUCCUGGUCGUUUCCCGGAGUCUGUCCCUCAGGAUGGUCCCCAAGCAGGAAGAUACAAUCUCCGAGAGGCCGAAUUUUGGACGUGCGGCUUCUUUCCGGGAAUCCUCUACUCAAUGCUAGAGCGUGCUAUCAGAUACCCUUCAAGUCUAACAUUAGAGCAUGGUGGCCGACUACCAGACGAAAAUGGUAAGUUUGAAUGCAUACGCAAAGAGCUUUUCGGCCUAAGUAAGAAAUGGGCCGAGCCGCUAUAUUCCAUGGCAAAUCGUACGGACACUCAUGAUAUUGGGUUCAUAAUUAUGCCAGCGCUGCGUCUGGAUUGGGAACUGCUAGAGAAUGCUCGGUCGUUAGAGGCUAUUGACCGGGGGGCGAGAAGUUUAGCGACCAGAUACGUCCCUUCCGCCAAGGCUAUCAGAAGCUGGGACCUACUCCAGAAAAUGGACAUCAAGAUUACAUCAAAGGACGACAACUUGCUAGUCAUCAUUGACAGCUUGUGCAAUCUGGAUCUGCUGUACUAUGCCGCUGCUCAAUCCGCGGAUGGCAAGGCGCUGUAUGACAUUGCAACGGAACACGCAACCACGAUCCUCCGCACCCACUUACGGCCACAAGCAAGGCAAUGCUCCAUAGCAGAAAAUUCUUAUCAAGGUCAAUGGUAUUCGACUUGCCAUAUUGCAAAUCUGGACCCUAAGGACGGGAGUAUAAAACAACAAAUUACUGGUCAGGGAUAUGCAGAUGAUUCAACGUGGGCGCGAGGCCAGGCAUGGGCCAUACUCGGAUAUGCACAGACUUACAUGUGGACCAAGGAGGAGAAAUUCCUGCAUGCAGCGUGUGGCUGUGCUGAGUAUUUUAUGUAUAGACUCGAGACGUCACCUGCAUGUGUCGAGGUUGCAAACUCAGAUGGACCCAAGCCUACCAAGGGCCGUUACACUCCUCUUUGGGAUUUUGACGCUCCGGUCAGCGAUGCUACGAAUGUUAUCAAUCCUCUGAGGGACUCUUCCUCCGGCGUGAUUGCUGCGAAUGGCCUACUCCUUAUCUCACAGGCUAUGGUAGCACUUGGUCGUGAUGCCCUGGCUGCAAGGUUUAGCAGAGCAGCUCUGGAUGUUGUUAGAGAUAUUCUCGAUUUUGCUUUGGCACCAGAAAAGGCUACAUUGACUUACACCCCUGAGAACGGUCUUGAGGUGGCCGACGUGGAAGGAGGAAGAUUUUUCGAGGGUAUCCUCAAAUACGGUACAGCGAACAACAAUGCCAAUGCAAAAAAACGGUACGCAAACCAUACGUUGGUUUAUGGUGAUUACUAUUUGAUAGAAUUUGGCAACCGGCUGCUCCGAAUGGGUAUAGCGUAG